GCGUUCGAUUGUUGGAAGCAUGGAAUGAUAGAUAGAUGGGUGAGCCUAUUCCUGCGCCCUGACGACGUGAACGAGGCACGAUGGUCGUUCUGAUGUCCAAGGAUGAGGAAUUUGACUCCGUGGAGCACCUGUGCGAUUAUACCAUAGAUCUAUUCUAUUGUCUUGAACGCCACGCUAUGUCGACGACCCACGCCCUGCUCUGCUUCAUACAUGAUGCGAUUACCGUGUUGCUCUUUAUGAGUGUGGCGUGGAGGCGUUUGCUACACUCUAUAGUAUAGCUGCUCGUGAAGACCUCGGCCAUGGCAUCGAGCAGUCAAGAUGUAGUAGCCUAUUGUGCGGAAAGAAAGCGGGUCAGAGAU